AUGGGAUGCUUGCAAAAAGACGAGAUGCAAAAAAGAAAGGAAAAGCCAAGGAAGAAGAAGAAGAAGACGAAGACGAAGAGGAACCAACGUCGGAUACUUACAGAGAGUGUUGGAAAGACAGAGACGCCAUGCGGAGGAGGCGUGAGGAGACGUGAGGAGAAGGGUACAUGGGGUAGAGGCAGACGGGAGAUGGACAUCACUCGGAGUACCUAUGGAAGGAAUAUACAUAAUCACGUCCGGGUGGAACAAGAGGAGCGUAUCAGCAUCCUCUCUUCGGAGAAGUACACGGCAAAAAGGGACAAGAACCGCCCAUCUCGAUCGCUCACAGGCUCGGGAUAG